AUGGUUGUAGAUACAACAUAUUAUGAAUUACUACAGAUUAAAAGUGAUGCUACAUCUUUAGAAAUUAAAAAAGCAUACAGAAAACAAGCUAUAAGGUUACAUCCAGAUAAAAAUCCAGAAGACCCUCAAGCUGCUGAAAAAUUUCAAGAAGUUGGUCAAGCAUAUCAAGUUUUAAGUGAUGAAAAAUUAAGAGAAAGAUAUGAUAAAUAUGGUAAAGAACAAAGUAUACCAAGUGAAGGUUUUGAAGAUCCUGCUGAAUUUUUCUCAAUGAUUUUUGGUGGUGAAGCUUUUAAAGAUUGGAUUGGUGAAUUAAGUUUAUUAAGUGAAUUAACAAAAUCUGCUGAAUUAAAUGAAGAAGAAGGGAAUAAAACACAAGAAUCCUCUGAUAAAAAUUUACUUUCCCAUAAAGCUCAUGAUAAAGAUGAUGAUGAAGAACAUCGUAAAGAAAAACUAGAGAAAUUUGAAGAAGAAUGUAGAAUUAAAAAAAUUGAAACUCGUAAAGAAUUAACAGAUAAAUUAAUAAAUAAAUUAUCAUUAUUUACUGAAACAGAUAUGAAAGAUGAUGUAAUUGAUAGUUUUAAAUCAAAAAUAAAUUAUGAAGCUGAAUCUUUAAAAAUGGAAAGUUUUGGUUUGGAAAUUUUACAUACAGUUGGACAAAUUUAUAAAUUAAAACUGAAAAUUUUUUUAAAAAAUCAAACAUUUUUUGGUUGGGGUGGUUUAUGGUGGUCUGUUAAAGAAAAAGGUGGUGUUGUUAAAGAUACUUUUAGAACAGUUUCAGCCGCAUUAGAUGCACAAAAGACAAUGGAAGAAUAUUCUAAAAUGCAACAAGAUAAUGAAUAUCAUGCAAAGAAAGAAGAAGAAGAAAAAAGGAAAGCAGAAGAAGAAGUUACAAAAUUGGAAGAAGAAUUAGAUAAUAUAAAGAAACAACAAAAGGAAAAAGAAGAAGAGAAUAAUGUUGAUAAGAAAGAUGGAAAGGAAAAAGAAGACGAGAAUAACGGUGAUAAGAAAGAUGAAAAGGAAAAAGAACCAGAUAAACAUACAGCUGAAGAUUUAGCAGAUAUGGAAAAGUUUUUGCUCGCAAAAGUAUUGGCUGCAGCAUGGAAUGGUUCAAAAUUUGAAAUUCAAGGGACUGUAAGAAGUGUUUGUGAUGCAAUAUUAGAUGAUAAAGAUGUAACAAUAGAAAAAAGAAUCGCAAGAGCAAGAGCUAUGAGAUUAAUAGGUGAAGUAUUUUCAUCAGUUACAAGAACUGAAGCAGAAGAUGAAGAAGCAAGAAUAUUUGAAGAAUUAGUAGCUGAAGCCAGUAAAAAAAGAGAAAAGAAGAAGAAACCAGAGACAGAAAGUAAAUAG